AUGCACAUUCUCGGCCUUGCAAACGGAACGCUUAAUGGCAACUCGGAGAUCCUUCUCAAAGCCGCCUUAAUAGCUGCCGAGAAGGCCGACUCGUCCAUUACAACUUCAUGGAUCCAUGUCCCCUCCGUCUCUGUGCCCCGAAACCCAAGACCUUUAGAGGGCGCACAAGAUGUCAGCAUGGGAACAAUUGGCCAGACCGGAGUCGAUGGUGACACGGUCCUAGACGACCGCAGAGAUGUACUCAAUGCAAUUCUGACAGCCGAUGCUCUGAUCUUCGCAACACCCAUCUACAGCCACCAACCAGCAGGUACCCUCAAGGCGUUGGCCGAUCGAAUCCUUGGCCCAUUCACCGAUGCCGCGUUUGUGCAACGAGUACUUGAUCACCAGAAGGCAGGCGAACAGAUCUACCAACAUAUCAAGGUUGAUAGCCGCAUUCUAAAACCUAGAAUCGCUGCUUUCAUUGCCGUGGGCGGGUCCCCCUUCAAGGAGCAGGUCACCAUGGCACUGCCUACUUUGCACCAAUUCGUCUACUCUCUCCAUGCAAAGGUGGUAGACCAGCACGUAUUCCAAGGCUAUGGCCGUCCAGGAUCGGUCUUAUUGCGUGGAGGAGAAGCGGUUAUCAGAGCCGAGGAGCUGGGUCGAAAUGUGGCGAGCCAAAUUGGCAAGACUUUUGAUGAAGCGGAAUACUUUGGACCGAAAGAUCCUGCCAGCUGCCCAUACUGCCACAUGUCUAAGGUCGAGAUCGACUAUACUGAGGAUAAUGAUGUUGGUUGCAUUACCUGCGGAGCUCGGGGAAGGCUUGUUAUUGGAGAGAAUGGACGGAUCCAGCCUGUUUGGGAGGCUGACUCCACAACAAGCUGUAUCACGUUCAAGGGCAAGCUUCAGCACCUUGAUGAUCUUCGCGAUGCUGCCAUGCAGGAGGGACCGGCGAUGGAUGCUGACUCAAUUAAGGAGGAGCGAGAGCGGUGGGCUCAAGUCAAUAUCGCCAAAGUCCCACUCACGAGCCAUUCCAGAGAUAUUUUGCAACAGAAUUAA